AUGAGCAACUACUACGAUCUACGAUCAAGAACUACAAUGGGAUGCUGCUGUACUACAAUGGGAAGCUGCUGUGCUACUCAGGCAGCCAAUACUCCACAGCCCACCAAACCCUUGGUGCGCAUGUGCGCUUCAGGCAAUCAUUUUCCUAACUUUGCUGACAUUGGUGAUACAGUGGUACUGUUUGUGGACUUUGGUCACCAAUUUAAACCAAUCCCAUCACAGAACAUGGAUCACCCACUGGGCGGGGCAACCGCAGGAAACGUUUGGCCUAAACGCCAUCAAUCAAGGCAUGAUGCUGAGAAGUAUGAGGCGAGUUUACUGAUUCACUUUUUACUAAAUAAACACUAAGAGAAAAUAUUUACAGCAAACAAGUAAAUAUUCUAUUGUCACUAUCACUUCAUUCAAAAAAUGGAAUUCAAAGGGUGCCGCCGAGUAUUCAGGGGCACCCAGCGACCAUAUUCUGUAAAAUUGGAAAAUUAAACGAGACUUACCUGUAAGUUGAAGUUUGAUUGAGAUUCUAUCACAUGACAUCAGAAGGCAAGAGAUCACAUGAGAUAGCACAGCGCUUGCGCAAGUCAUAAUUAAAAGCCACGUACUGGGUGCAUCAAAAACAACAUAACAUGUAGGCUAAAGACACCAAACAGAAAACCCAAAAGCAACCAAGUUGCCUAAAACGGGUGGGUGUUAUGUGGAGGGCAUGUGAUCUCUUGCCUUCUGAUGUCAUGUGAUAGAAUCUCAAUCAAACUUCAACUUACAGGUAAGUCUCGUUUAAUUUUCCAAUUCUAUCACAUGACCAGAAGGCAGAGAUCCCAUGAGACUUCAAAGCGUGGAUGCACCCGUACGACAUGCGCUCAAACAAGAGGCAUGAAAUCCAACAAACAAUAGACCAAACAUAAGCAAUGAUAAACAUGUUAUAUUAAAAUGGUCUAACAGUAACAAAUUAUGCAAUAAAGCACACAUGGAAAAACAAAAUAUUUCACUGGCCAAGAAUAGCGGCAGUUAGUCUGUUUCCUUGAACAACAGGUUUGUUGUAAUAUUUACGAAAGGUCUCUGCGGACUUCCAGCCCGCGUUAGCCAUGAUCUCGUGGAUAGGGACGUCCUUUUCAUUUGCUUUGGAAACAGAUGCUGACCUUGUGCUAUGUGCAGUGAACACAUUGGUAUCAAUCCCACAAAUUCUAAGAGUUUCUUUAGUCCACCUUGAAACCGUGUCCCGAGAGACAGGUUUGUGGGGCCUUACAUAACUAAUAAACAAUUGAGUUUCGCUAUUACGCAAGUUCUUUGUCUUGUUAAUAUAUGCUUUCAGACAGGCCAAAGGGCAAAUUGUACUGUCUGGCUCAUAAACGGAAAUGUCAAUCUUCGUAUGUGGGCUCCUGGGAGUACUAGUCUUGAUAUGCUCAGCGAGGUCAAAGGAAUAAUUAUCUUCUUCCAUGGUAACAUGCUGAAGAUCUAGCAAGUGUAUCGAUUGUCCCCGUUGACUGGAAACUAAUAGAAUAAGCAUAAGGGCCUUGUAUGUCAAAUCCUUUAAAGGCAAUUUUUCAUUGGGGUAUAGGGAAGAUAAAUGUUUCAGAACCACCGAAACAUCCCAAAUUUUGUCGUAUUUAGGUUUAGGUUUGCGGGUUUCAAAUACCCCUUUCAUAAAACGUGUAACAACAUGAUUGCUGCCAAAACUUUUCUCCCCGUCUAUCAUGACAAUGGUAGAUAAGGCAGAGCGAGCUGUAUUAAUAGUGGAGUAGCUAAGUCCUUGAUUAAAGAGGUCAGUGAGAAAUUGGAGGGUGUCGCUCAGUGGUGGUGCAUAACAAUCAAUUUUCCUUUCACGACAAAAUGCCAUCCAUUUUUAAUGUAUGUGGCAUACUGUUUUUGAGUGCCUUUUCUCCAAGAUGCCAUGAGAAUGUCGGUAACCUCCUCUGGAAGGUGGUAACGGCUGAAGGAUCCCCUGACACAGGACAGACCAUCAGAUGAAGAUUUUUGUGUAGAGGAUGUGGGCCGCUGCGUGACGGGUGUUGUAGAAGGUCUGGGCGUGAGAGCAGAAUCCAGGGCUGAUCGCAUAGGUGCUGUAGGAGGACUGGGAACCACGUUUGGGUUGGCCAGAGAGGGGCAAUCAGAACUCCCUGUGCUCGGUCGUGACUGAUCUUCUGAAGGCAUCUUGGAAGAAGGCUAAAAGGUGGAAAAGCAUAAAAUUGAUGCCCUUUCCAAUUCAUAGUGAACGCAUCUAUAUGUGAACUACUAGGGUCUGCAUGCCACGAGCAGUAACUAUUUAUCUGAUUGUUUAGACGGCUUGCAAACAAAUCGAAAUCGAGUCCGGGGUGGCGCAACAUGAUCUUGUCAAACGAGUGUUUGUCUAACAUCCACUCGUGAUUAUCUGAGAACACGCGUGAUUGUUCAUCAGCGCCAGUGUUCAGCCGACCAGCUAUGUGCACAGCCGAGAGCCAAAUGUUGCGUGCAGUACACCAUUCCCAAAUUUCAACAGCUAGUUCAUUAAGUUGUUGUGAUUUUGAACCCCCCAUGUUGUUUAUGUAAGCCAAUGCUGUCGUAUUGUCGAUUUGAAUUUGGAUGUGGCAGUUGCCCAUAUGGUUGCAAAAACACUUUAACGCAAAAAAUGCUGCGAGUAAUUCCAAUAUGUUUAUAUGAAAUUCCUGUUCCAAAGGGGUCCAUCUCCCCCCCGUUUUCUGCGUGCCAUAAACAGCUCCCCACCCCAGUGUUGACGCGUCUGAUUGAAUUGAAACGCUUGGAUGAUCUUGGUGAAUAUCUCGUUUAAGAGUGUCAGCAUUAUUGUGCCACCACUGAAUCUCUGCUAGCGCGGGAGGGGAGAUUUGCAUUUUGCCCGCGAAAUCACCCUUGUUAGCUAUGAGCGCGAGAUAUUUAUCCCGUUCAAGGUGGCGGUAGUGUAGGGGUCCGUACUGAGCCCCGGGAAAAUUGGACACCAGAAUGCCAAUGACCUCUGCGACCUGUCUGAUUGUGGGCAUUUGUGUUUGUAAAAGCGUAGCACAGACAGACCGAAUCCGUUGCGCUUUAUCCUCCGUGGGCGUAACUGUCAUGGCAAUAGAAUCCAAUACAAAACCUAAGAAGGUCAGUUUCUGGGAAGGGAUGAAAACUGAUUUCUCAGGAUGGACAUGAAAACCUAAUUGAGUAAAAAGCGUGACGGUGUCAACUACAUUUUUAUAACAUUCCUUGGAGGUGUCUCCUUGUAGAUAAGAAUCAUCAAUGUACCCUGAAUUGAGAUGUCCCAUACUCCGAAGUGUGGAAUACACGGGCUUCAAUAAUUUUGUAAAUAUGCGCGGGGCACUAGCUAGGCCAUUCGGCAAACAGGUAUAUGUGUAGAAAACACCAUCAAAAUAGAACUUUAAGUAUUUCUGGUGAGAUGGAUGGAUAGGGACGGUAUAAUAAGCGUCCUUUAAGUCUACCGAAGCCAUAAAACAACCUGGUCUCAUCAUGUUUACUGCAGCCUCUAGUGUAUCCAUUUUAAAAUGAUGGUAGGCUAUAUAUUCGUUAAGGGCUUUGAGGUUUAAAAUGGUGCGGUGCGUGCCAUCUUUUUUCCGGCCGCAAGAAUAUUGUGGAUACAAAUUCUCCUGUUUCCUGUGCCGCGGGGAUAAUGACCCUUUUUGCGAGCAGUGUAUCAAUUUCCUCUGUGACAAUUGAAUGCUGAUAAGCGUUGAAGACACUAGGUCUACCAUAAUGUUGCGUGGGUGCAACACUGUUUAUAAAUUCAAUUUUAACUCCAGUAACAAUCUGAAGAAUAGAAGGGUCGGUUGUAAUAGUUUGCCACUGCGGCAAAAAGUGUUUAAGUUUCCCGGCUUGGAAACUUGGUUGUGAAUUUACCAAACUAUUUACAAUGUCAAUAGACAAAGAUGUCGCAUCUGCGUUACAUACCUCAGGCACCUUUACGGGCGCUGGCUCGUUUCGCCGUCCUUUUUCUUUCUUGGCGGCUUUGAGAAACGGCUUUUCCCUAAAAAUCCGAGGUUUUCCCUCUAGGGUAAGGCUGAAAUCUUCUCUGCGAGCCAUACGCUGGGCGCCCACCGUACUUGUCAUGGCCACGGGAAUUCCCGGAAUGUUGUGGGCGCACCUUUUUUGGUCAACUUGUUGGCCUCGGUGAUGUCUUUUGCUAGCUUUGUCAGGUCGCCAAAAAGGAACUCUGAUGAGCCAUCCACAGUGGACACAUUACAAAGGGCUGCAUAGUCUUUAUGCAUCUCUUUUUUCAUGGCCAGGCGUCGGGAGUGAUUAACCUCAUGGUUGUACUGAAGUGCCAUUGCAACGGAAUCAGUCAACAAGGUGAUCAGCUCCUUAUCUUGGCUGUAUUUUCCCAGAGCCAAAUCGGCGGCCUUUGUCAUGGCUGUUAUUGCGCCGAUAAGGGUGCUUUGUCCUUUCUGCGAUCGGACAUCCUGUGCUUUCAGGGCAGUGGAGAGCUGGCUCCAAAUCGAAGGGUUUACUUUGGGUGUGCGCAAACCCUGUACGUUCUCUGGACGGGGUAUUUGUCUAGCUUUGCCUUUAGUUUCUCCUCCCCCAUCUUUUCUGAUAAGAGAUUGUUGAAGAUGGCCGCCAGCCCUUCGCGAAGGGGUGGGGAGGUCUUCUCGCUGACUGUCAGGUCCUGUGCGAGUUCUUUUAGAAGUUCGUCACCCGGCAUAGCCUCGUUGUUUUGAUCUGUUCCCGCAGCCGCGAGGAGCGCAGAGACAUCUGCAUCCAUGUCCCCAGAAUUGGCGGGCUCGUCAACAGAGGCGGUUUCACCGUCCUCAUCUGAUUCUUCGUGCCCGCUCUGGAGCACAGUGGUGACGUUGUUGUUUAGGCUGCUUAGCUGGCUUAGAACUGGAGCCAAUGCAGUCUUAAAAAUAUCCGCGAAAGUGUUAGCUGAGGGCAUAUUUUGGCUGGUAUCUUGAGCGGCCAUUGACGUUCCAGUGUCCGCGCUCUCUGUGCUGUUUUCGGACAUGAUUCCAAUAUCGGCACCCAACUACGUUAGGGCCUAAGCUGGACAAACAAUUGAGGCAACUACGUUGGCCUCUCCAGCAGAUCGUGUUUCGAAGGUUUUAAGCUGAAAAACUGGAGCUUAAAAAUUCGUGACUUAACGCGUUAAACGCAAAUCGUGCAAUGACUUGCGCAAGCGCUGUGCUAUCUCAUGGGAUCUCUGCCUUCUGGUCAUGUGAUAGAAUAACUGUUCGAAGGAGCAAACAUUGCCUAGAAAUUUCUAAAGCUUGAGAAAAGCUAAAAAUUUCUGGAUAACUAUUCCAUUCGUCUAAAAUUCGUUGUGUUUUCAGAUUUUAAUAUCAAGAUAUUGCGAUUAUUGUUUAAAAAAAAAAGUCUCCUAAAACUUUCGGUAUAAAGACAAAAUCCCCUAUAAUACUACUCCUGAUUAUCAAACUUUUGUACUCCACCACCCAGUAUAUAGACACAAAUGACCCAGACCCCAAACAUUAAUAUGAUGGAAAAAUCUUCGCCAGGGUGAAAGGGCAGAGAAAUGAUACCAGUGGCCCUAAUAAAAUUUAAAAUUACACUAAAUACCAACCAUAACACAGACAGGAUUGGGACUAUGACAGCCUUUAUUACAACAUGUAAAUAGGUAAUCACUCAAAUAUAGGUACAAUAUUAAAAUGAAACAGGUAAUAAAACUAGUUACACUCCAAACCCAAAUUGUGGAGGUUGUGGAGGAGAAAAUUGUUUGUAGUGAGAAUGGACUUAUUGCAAUCUAAUAAAAAGAGGGACCAUAAGGUAAAGUAGCACAGCAUCCGAGGCCAGGCCCCUAGCAGUUUAAUAAGUUCGACUGGAACCCCGGACUGGACGGCAAAGGAGGCCCCUCGCCUGCGGAAAGAGUGGCAAGCAUAAUCUUUGGCCGAGAGCUCAAUGGCAGAGAGAAUGGCACGUAACUUUUUUAAAAACAAGGGAUAAGAGACGUGCAUGAGGACGAGGUCUAGAGAGCGAAGAAAAGCGAAAUCCUGGGAGUCAGGCGAUGCUUGACGUGUAAAGUGCAUAGCCCUUGUGACUGCUGUAACAGGGCUAAGGGGAGAGUGUGCUACAAAUGAGAGGGGGAGACGUACCACCCGCUCACGGAAUUGGAUAGUUUUACUCCAACGUAUAGUGACUAAACCUCCCCAGGAAUAAAAUGUAAAAUCCGAUCGCAAGAGUUGCUGGGAAGCAUCAAAGGAACGGGCCGAUUUAACAAGGAGAUUGCUUUUGCGAAGCAUACCAAAAAAUGAUACCAAACAUAUAGCCCAAAAAGAGGCAUCAAAACUAGAGCGCAUGUUGAGGUGCGAAUAAAUUUGACCUAAAAUGGGCAGGUUGCUUACCCUUGACGCAGUUAAGAGAGACUGUAAUGGCCAAUUGUCAAGAAGGGGAUUAGGCAGGUUAAAUUCCUUAUGUAGAAUACCAAUAGUAUUAAGGUAAUUUGGAAUAGAAGUGGCUUUGAGACUACGAGCUGGCAGCAUACUGACAAAGAUGGGAAGAUUGGGCAGGGAGGGGAGGGUAAACCAUAUGCUCACAAACCUGGAGAUAACUAGUCCUGUGGGUGCGAUGCGAUGCUUUAGUGCCCUAAGCAAAGGUGUGAAAGCGGUACUGAUAAAUUUCUUCUUGAAGUUGCUGAGCCAGUUGGGGGUCCUUGGGUCCUGGAGAAAAGGAAAUUGCAACUGCGUAAAGGCAUAUGCUGGGUCAGUGGAGUGCUGUCAGGAAGUUGGUAUGGUUGCACCUGUUGGGGAUGAUGGUAGAAGGCUACACAUUUCCUAGGUUCAUGUAAGCGAGACACUGCAUCCGCAAUGGUGUUGAGGUGACCCUGGACAUAAACAGCAGUGAACCUAAAAUUGUAAAUUGCUCAGAGCCAAAACAGGAGUCUAAGUGCAUGCAUAAUAAGAGGAUGGGCAGUACUCCCUUUAUUGAUAAUAUAAACAGCUGCUAAAUUAUCACAGUGAUUAUAAUAUGCUGGUUGGCCCAUGAAUGACCCCAAAACUAAUAAAUGCUGCCAUUACAAGCCGCAGGCUCGAUUUUCGGGGGAUUGCGACGUUCAGCGUCGCAAUCUUCGCAUAUUUCUGAAGGGCGAGGCGCCAAGUCUAUUGUUUUGAACCAAGGGUUAUAUUACAUCAAGAGACCCUGAGCCUAUCUUAAAGCUGUCAACAAUGUUCGUUUUAUUGAGCAAUCUUUCAUCUUCGACACUUAAUCCAGUUUAUCUUAAGUGGACACCCAACCUAGUUGCUGUUCACGUGCACUGUCGAAAGCAUAAUAUCAAAUAGACUUCAAAAAUUCUGCAUUGGAGCUUCACUCUUCGUCUUUAAUUUUAGCCGACCCACUCAAUAAACAAUAAAUAAGAACAAUAUUACCGAAAAAUAAUUACAACUGAGAACUUGAUGAAUAAACAAUGAAAACAACAACUCAAUUAUCUCUCAGGGAGAUCACCCGCCAAAGCGGAUACACGCGAGGUUUGUUCGGUUUCAACAUAGACGGAGGAAAUUUUUACAACCCUAGUAUAAAUCUGGCCUAAUUGUCACAUUGAUCGAAGAGAGAUAUUUACGCAAAAAAAAACUAUUACAGUUCACAAAUGAUUUAGACAUUAUCUUAAUAUUUUACCUUAAACUGUCGAAAUUAAAGUAUUGCCGCCCGCGGACAAAACUAGCUUUUCUCCGGUUUCCGGUGUACAUCAAACACAGGCAUCACGCUGAAUAUUAUCCAGACUGAGAGCCGUAGAUCAGAAAAAAAAUCACAAUGACUAAAUUUCGCUUUUGAAACCAACACCACUCGUCGUAAGAUUGGGCGCCUCGCAUAAGAACUAAAGACUUAAGAGGGAGAGAAAAUAAAAAUCUACUGAAUUAUAUACACUAACAAAAACAAAAUAUGAACAAAAACAACAACUCUCUAACCACUAGCUAAAACACGAUCGAUUCAAGCUGUGACUUACUUUAUACUUUAUCACAGCUUCUUAAGAAUGGGCGCGCUGCCUGUAAGCCAUUAGGAAGAGGAGAGAAAAAUCUACCGAAUUAUACAAACUAAAGCAAUGUAAAAAAAGCUGCAUUUACUAGCUAAAACACGAUGGAUUUUAGCUAUGUACUAUUCACUUUAAGAAAAUCUCCCUUCACCUCUUAAACUUGGGCGCGCCGCCUGUAAGCCAAAAGGGAGAGGAGAGAAUAAUCUACUGAUUUACCAAACUAACACAGCGUAUAAAAACUGCAAUCGGCUAGGUAGUAAAACAUGAUCGACUCAAACUACGAAUGUUUCAAUCUAAAAAAAUCUCUCUUCACCUCUUAAACUUGGGCGCGCCGCCUGGAAGCUAAGGGGGAGAGGAAAGAGUAACCAAACUAACACAGCGUAUGAAAACUGCAAUUGGCUAGCUAGUACAACAUGGUCUAUUCAGGCUACGAGUUUUUUACCGUUGAAAAAAAUCUCUCGUCACCUCUUAAACUUGGGCGCGCCGCCUGUAAGCUAAGAGGGAGAGGAGAGAAAAAUGUACUGAAUUAUCCAAACUAACAACGCAUGAAAACUGCAAUUGGCUAGCUAGCUAAAACAUGACGAUUCAAUCUACGAGUUUUUUACCUUAAAAAAUCUCUCUUCACCUCUUAAACUUGGGCGUGCCGCCUGUAAGCCAAGAGGGAGAGGGGAGAAUAAUCCACUGAAUUAUCCAAACUAACAUAGCGCAUGAAAACUGCAAUUGGCUAGGUAGUAAAACAUGAUCGAUUCAAGCUACAAGUCUUUUACCCUUGAAAAAAAUCUCUCUUCACCUCUUAAACUUGGGCGCGCCGCCUGUAAGCUAAGAGGGAGAGGAGAGAAUAACCUACUGAAUUAUCCGAACUAACACAGCGUAUAAAAACCGCAAUAGGCUAGCCAGUAAAACAUGAUCGACUCAAGCUACGAGUGUUUCAAUUUAAAUAUUUGUCUCUUCACCUCUUAAACUUGGGCGUGCCGCCUGGAAGCCAAGAGGGAGAGGAGAGAGUAACCAAACUAACGCAGCGUAAGAAACCUGCAAUUGGCUAGCUAGUAAAACAUGGUCUAUUCAAGCUACGAGCUUUUUGCCCUUGAAAAAAAUCUCUCGUCACCUCUUAAACUUGGGCGCGCCGCCUGUAAGCUAAGAGGGAGAGGAGAGAAAAAUUUACUGAAUUAUCCAAACUAACAUAGCUCAUGAAAACUGCAAUUGGCUAGAUAGUAAAACAUGAUCGAUUCAAGCUACGAGUUUUUUACCCUUGAAAAAAAUCUCUCUUCACCUCUUAAACUUGGGCGCGCCGCCUGUAAGCCAAGAGGGAGAGGAGAGAAUAAUCCACUGAAUUAUCCAAACUAACAUAGCGCAUGAAAACUGCAAUUGGCUAGGUAGUAAAACAUGAUCGAUUCAAGCUACGAGUUUUUUACUCUUGAAAAAAAUCUCUCUUCACCUCUUAAACUUGGGCGCGUCGCCUGUAAGCUAAGAGGGAGAGGAGAGAAUGACCUACUGAAUUAUCCAAACAAACACAGCGUAUAGAAACUGCAAUAGGCUAGCUAAUAAAACAUGAUCGACCAAAGCUACGAGUGUUUCAAUUUAAAUAAAUCUCUCUUCACCUCUUAAUCUUGGGCGUGCCGCCUGGAAGCCAAGAGGGAGAGGAGAGAGUAACCAAACUAACGCAGCGUAAGAAAACUGCAAUUGGCUAGCUAGUAAAACAUGGGCUAUUCAGGCUACGAGCUUUUUGCCCUUGAAAAAAGUCUCUCGUCACCUCUUAAACUUGGGCGUGCCGCCUGUAAGCUAAGAGGGAGAGAAGAGAAAAAUUUACUGAAUUAUCCAAACUAACAUAGCUCAUAAAAACUGUAAUUGGCUAGAUAGUAAAACAUGAUCGAUUCAAGCUACGAGUUUUUUACCCUUGAAAAAAAUCUCUCUUCACCUCUUAAACUUGGGCGCGCCGCCUGUAAGCUAAGAGGGAGAGGAGAGAAAAAUUUACUGAAUUAUCUAAACUAACACAGCGCAUGAAAACUGUAAUUGGUUAGCUAGUUAAAACAUGACGAUUCAAUCUACGAGUUUUUCCCCCUUUAAAAAUCUCUCUUCACCUCUUAAACUUGGGCGCGCCGCCUGUAUAAGCUAAGAGGGAGAGGAGAGAAAAAUGUACUGAAUUAUCCAAACUAACAUAGCUCAUAAAAACUGCAAUUGGCUAGAUAGUAAAACAUGAUCGAUUCAAGCUACGAGUUUUUUACCCUUGAAAAAAAUCUCUCUUCACCUCUUAAACUUGGGCGCGCCGCCUGUAAGCUAAGAGGGAGAGGAGAGAAUAGCCUACUGAAUUAUCCGAACUAACACAGGAUAUCAAAAUUGCAAUUGGCUAGCUAAAACACGAUCGAUUUAAGGAUCCGAGUUCUCUUUACUUACAAAAUCUCUCUUUACAAAAUGCGUUCCUAUAAUCCAUUCCUCGAAAUUUGAAUCUGUAAAUCACUUUCGGUGAAAAUCUAACAUCGUGCAGAAAAUACUAAACGAGCUGGGCCCAGCGUGACAUAAAUCGAAGGAAACCAUCACAUUCACGGACAAAAGAAUAUCGCCUUUAGCUAUUCAGAUCCAGGAAGCACUUUGGAGAAGACUAAACAACCUAAAACUCUUAUUUAGCCGCAAAGGAAGAGAUUUACGUUUUAAAAGAGGUCGAAGAAAGUGCUCUUGCAUCAGAGGACAAACCAUGCCGACCAGAAACAAUAACCGCAGAAAAUCAAUAUGCGUGUCAUGACCUCUCAGUAUGAAACAAGCGGCAAAAUUCACAUUUACUCAUUCAAAGAGUAGAACCCAGAAUAUAACAUACCCACCAGAGAAAACAAUUUUUGGAACAAGCAGCAUUUUGGCACGAGGUAAAAAGUCAUGUGUUGCCUACCAGCCCCUUUUUACACUCUGUUAGAUGGUUCGAGCAUUUUGGCGGGAUCACGGCUCUUUUGGCGCGUGUUGUAAAUGCCCUUUGAAUUAUAAUAUUUGUGCGUUAUUGUAUAGUGAUCGAGGAUAUACACAAUACCAAAGGCAAGUAAAUAUUUUCCUCUGUUUUCCUCAGUGUCGUCAAACCGGCUUCACCGAUGUGCUCGAACUCCGCAUGCGAGAGCCAUAACAAGCUGCUCCUCUACCUUUUAAAUAAUAAAGGUCUCUCUUACCUUAUAUCGGCGAACACAGUUUCUGUCCUUCGGACAUAAUGCGAAAUAACAUCCAGAACUCUUCACGUUGAACUUUUGAAACCAUUUCGGCGAUAAUAUGUAACUUACCAGGUAACGUACCGAAUAAUUAUUACUUUGGAGGGUUCGAAUUCGACCUUCAUAAAGCGCUAGAUUUUGCCUUUCGCUUAAGAAACGAAAAAAAUAUUUCUUUUUUUUCCAAGACUUGCACCAAGACCCUUUUUUAACACCAACCAUGAAUUUAAGUAUUUUCAUUAAGUGAUUUUGACGAGAACCAUAGCUGAGUUAAAAUAUCUCGCUCCGAUGGUAUAAAUUCGGCGCGCAGAAAACAAGCUCUGAUAUUUGACGCAAAUUUGUGUCCUGUCCUAAAAUGAGUUUAUUGACAGAUGAACUGACAGAAAGCGAUUAAUGUGAACACCUGAGGUACGCAAGGAAAUGUGUCAAGACUAACGCCUUGUAGUUACUUGAGUCCAGUUUGUGGGUAUCUCCAUGGAAAUUAAGGAUCCCUGGUGCGUGCACGAAAAUCGACCUUGCGGCUCGUAAUGACUUAUGACUGUUGCUAGCCGAACUAUCUUGCAAAUGAGUUAUAAGAUGCUGGACCUUGAAUUUAUACAAGCGUACUUAACUUGUACUUUUACUGUCAUUGAGUACAAAAGCUGAUCGUAAAACCCUGCAUACUUCGUGAGUAAAAUGACUUGAUAUGCCAGAUGGAAUAGUACUCUAUCAAUGUAAAACUUGUACCAAGGUAAAGGCUGUCUUAGUCCUAGUACCUCCAUGUUUGAUAUUUAGAACAGCAUCACAACCCUAAUGCCAACUGGUUUUUUUGGGGUUAAAUUGCAGCAUUUAAAAGCAGAGAAAAAUUCAAAUGCUGCUUAUAACUAUGACAUUUGUAUCGAUUUGUAGCAGGGAGUAAUAAAUAAGUUAUUUAUGCUUCUCUAUUCACAGAUAAAGCUAGCUGGAUGCGAAGUAUUCUUGGAAAAGAUUAAUCCACGUGACCAGGACUGUACAAGCUUUCGAUCAAAAGCAAGAAUUUUAAUGACAGAUGAAGUAGUGGAACACCCUGGUGGGCUGGUGAAAUUUGCUGUACCAUACAGCGACAAUCAUGGUCGAGAUUUGGGUGACGUUACUCAAGAGGAUGUUGACGAAAAGAACAGGGUUUAUCAUUGUAAGCAUUUUGCUUUACUCAACCUUUAAUUCAUCCAGGAUUUCGGUGAAAUCAGUUCUUUCCUUUUCAUUCAACCUUUCCUUCCUUCUAUAUUCCUUUUGUUGUUCACUCUCCACUCUCUCAGUAUUCCACAACACUAAGGGGCUGUUUAUAUGGAGCCAGGAAGAUCCUAGCACCGGGAAGAUCCCAGAGGGUGGAACAACUUUUCACUGGGUUUACAUGGGGAAAUUUUGUGGCUACCAAGUAGAGAGGGAAUUAGUGAUGGCGGGUAAAAAUAAUA